GCCGCUGACACUGGUCUUCUUGAUUCUUCACAAUACAUUAUGUUUGAACGCCCUCUGGUGUCUUGGAUAUUACUGCAACAACCAGCAAAUAUUUAAAACACAAUAUAGGCAUAGAAGUCUUUGUACAAACAAAAAAAGGUACAAAAAGCACAUGGACUGAACAGGUUCCUGCAGCGAAGGUAAUGUACACUCUUUUAGUUGAAGCCAGGGCUUAGAGAGACUGUAGACUGGGAACACUGGGUUCAGGUGUUCCCAGUUGGCACUAAAAUCAAGUAUAAAACUACAGAUUGGCAGGGAAGAGCAGGGGCUGUCACACCUCCUGAAUAACUCUUUGUACUUGAAUCUUGAUGUCUCUCUCACCAUGAGAGCACUUUUGUUUCACAGCAGACAUUUUGACUCAUCAUGAACUUCUGGUAUUUGUUACACCUGUAUAAAUCUUCCUCUAUGAAAAAGGUUGAUUCAACUUACACUAUUUUUUUCUGGGCUAAAAUAAGAUCAUGGAUAGAGCCAUAGUUUCUUCAAAAAGGAUGAGUAUAUAAUCUUGUUUAGUACUCCUGUUACGGAACAGGAUGUGGACCCAAAAAGCAGAACGACCAGGAGACGGAUACAGUUCUGGGGCUUUAUUUAAAGCGGAGAACUCAGCAUACAGACAGGCAGGAUAAGACUCACAGAGGGAAACAGGCAGGGGAUCAGGCAGACGGAAAUCAGAGGAAGCGGAGGCUAAACUCGGGGUCGGGGACAGAAGGCUGAGUCGUUGACCGGGGCACAGGCAAGGCAGGUAAGUCCAGACAGGCAGGCACGGCAACGGGAAAUCAGUCCGGGGAAUAACGCUGGAAGGUCUGGCAUAAUACAGAGAACGAUCUGGCAGUGAGUGUGUGUGAGACUGGUGUUUAAAUACUGCAGAGUUGAUGAGUAGAUAGAAGGCAGGUGUGUGUGGCUUGGAGCAGGUGAGUAUGCUUGUGCUGAUGAGGUGAUUAGGUGAGUGAGGGAAGAGUGUGGUGAGAGAGUGGGAGGGGUGACACACCCACCUCAGAGACACACACACAGAGAUAACCAAACAAGGGAAAACACAUGAAACACAAGGAAUAAACAGAGACAUGGCCAUGGUCAUGACACUCCUCUGUCUAUAACCCAAUCAAUAUGAUCAUGACUCAAGCUACUUAAAAAGCCAUCAUUUACAUGCAAAUUCAAACACAAUGAGUUUCAUCCUCUAUCAGAUCAGAGUUCCUGUUGCUGUCGGACGUUGUUCCUCUCCAGCAUGGUUCAGAAGGUGGCAGUGAUCGGCUCUGGGGUUUCUGGUCUGACCAGCAUCAAGGCCUGUUUGGAUGAAGGUCUGGAGCCGACCUGCUUUGAGAGCAGCCAUGACAUUGGAGGUCUGUGGAGAUUUAAGGAGGAGCCGGAGCCUGGACGUGCCAACAUCUAUCAGUCGGUGGUCAUCAACAGCUCCAAAGAGAUGAUGUCUCUCAGCGACUUCCCUCCUCCAGCUGAUCUGCCCAACAACAUGCACCACUCUGAGGUUCUCAUGUAUCUGCGUCUCUACGCUGACGCCUUCAAGCUGCUGCAGCACAUACACUUCCAGACGUCCGUGGUCUGUGUGAGGCAGACCCAGGAUUUUGCAGAAACAGGCCGGUGGGAGGUGGAGACAGAGAGCAGAGACGGUCAGAAGGAGACCGGUGUUUUUGAUGCAGUGAUGGUUUGUACCGGACACUUCACCCAACCUCACCUGCCUCUCAAAGACUUCCCAGGUAUUGAGAGCUUUGAGGGCAGAUACUUCCACAGCUGGGAUUAUCGCAACGCUGAAGGUCUGCAGGGGAAAAGGGUGGUGGUGAUCGGGAUUGGGAACUCUGGAGGAGACAUCGCUGUGGAUAUCAGUAGAGUAGCAGAGAGGGUGUACCUCAGUACCAGGAGCGGAGCGUGGAUGGUCAGCCGUGUGGGAGCGGGGGGGCUCCCGGCGGACCUGGUUACUUCUCGAGUGUAUAUGAUGAUGAAGAAGCUCUUCCCCUCGUUGAUCAACAGGAUGGUGGAGAAGAAGCUGGACAAAGCGUUCAACCACAGACUGUAUGGUCUGAAACCAAAACAUGGUUUUUUCACACAGAUCCCUCUUGUGAAUGACGACCUUCCGGCUCGGAUCAUCUCAGGUCGCGUUCAGGUGAAACCGAAUGUGAAGGAGUUCUGUGGAUCCAGGGCGGUCUUUGACGAUGGGAGCUUCGUAGACAAGGUAGAUGUCGUGGUGUUUGCCACCGGAUUCAACUACAGCUUCCCCUUCCUGCCCUCGGCUCUGCAGGCUAAAUCUGGUUACAGGCUCCGUCUCUACAAACACGUAUUCCCUCCUGCACUGACUAAGCCGACCCUGGCGGUGGUGGGCUUCAUCCACGGCUUCGGGGCGAUCAACCCUCUGGCUGAGAUGCAGGCCCGCUGGGCCACAAGAGUGUUUAAAGGGUUAACGACCCUCCCCUCAGAAGAGACCAUGAUGAAGGAAAUUGAAAAAGACACAGUAGCUAUGCAUCAGAGAUAUGCCUGCUCAGAGCGUAACCCCCUGCAGGUGAACUACAUCCCGUACAUGGACUCUCUGGCAGAGCUGGUGGGGGUUCGACCAAAUAUACUGUGGCUCUUUCUGACGGACCCCAGACUGGCCCUGCAGGUUCUGCUGGGUCCCUGUACUCCUUACCAGUACCGUCUGACUGGACCGGGCAAGUGGGCCGGAGCUCGUCAGGCCAUCUUCACUCAGUGGGACCGGGUGCAUCAGCCUUUCAGGACCAGAGUGGUACCGGAACCAGAGACCAGAUCCUCUUCUAAAUGGAGCAUCAUUGUGAUUGUUUCGGGUGUGGCGCUGCUUUGCUGCUUCUGCUACAAUAACACACUGUUAUUGUAGCUUGUUCUUCUC